ACAUACUGAUCCGAGGAUCAGCUGGAGGCAGCAAUAAACAAGGAAAACCUGCAGCAGAUUGCAUUUAAAUAUACAUAGUAGAGGAUAGCGCUGCAGGUGUCAUGAUCUGAGAAACAUCAGUGUAACAUUUUACACGAAGUCCUUCUUCUGAGAAGAAAGCCUUUUAUUUUUCUAUUAUGGUUUUUUAGCUACCUCAAUUUCAAGGCAAUCUAAAGCUGUGCUUUAAGAAUAAUCGUCGUUUCUACUGUGUGUGAUCUCGUUUACAACUUGAAUAAUAUUGCAAAGGCAGGCCUUUGCUCCAAACCAAGUAAACCUUACAUUUGCACUACAGAAGCUCAUCGACUCCCAAGUUCCAGCGCAGGGCUUCGAGUGACAACAGGAGACUCAGAAAUAACACAACACAUACAACAGCUGUGCAGCAGUGACAUACAUUGCUAUAAAAUUCCAAGGCAGCUCAACCUUUUUUUUAAACUCGCAAAGAGCACCUACGUCCUCAACACUUGACAGUCAUGUUCCAACGUCUCAGCAACUUGUUGUUUGGAGAGGUGGAGGAGGUGGCGGCUGAGCUGAAUGGACCGAAACCUUGUGUGACGGAGGCCGAUGAAGAGGGAUGGAUGCUUGUUAACUUGCCCGGUGAGCCUGACUGCAUGAUGCAGGCUGAGACAGGAGCCCAACCCGCUGCACGUUCAUGCCCAGACAGUCACCAACUCAAUCACCUGGAUACUAUUCCACGGACUGAAAGCCCAACUUUUACUCCUCACGCACUGAAUAAGCGCCGUAGAACACAUAGAAGUCGGGCGCAAGGUGCUAUCACAUCACCAGAUGCCACGUCUUGCCCGUCAGACUCAGGCGCCCUAACUCCCGUCACCCAACCAAGACGUGCGAGACUGUCCACACCCUCCUCCGCCCUGUCAAUGUCUCCUAGCUCUGGGAGUGAGUGCGGGGCCAGCGGGAGUAGCAGUAGGGCAGGCUCAGAGAGAGGUUGCAUGGAUGAGAGCUGGUUUGUCACCCCUCCCCCCUGUUUCACUGCAGAAGGAGCCACCGCCGAGACCAGCCCUAUGGAAGACCUGCUCAUCGAGCACCCUAGUAUGUCUGUGUACGUCUCCCCUGCCAACGUUUCCAUGGUGUCAAACGGCAACCUGUCUGUGGUGGGAGAGGAGAGCGUGACCAGUCUGGCGAGCAGUGUGAGUCGGGUGGCUGAACCAGCAGCCGUCCCUGCACUCCAAACUACUAUGCCCACCAGGGUGAUCCGUGGGGCAGCUGCCCAGGCUGGUGCUCUGGCAAAGGUCACCCAAGUGGCAAGGGUGCAGCGUAGCAAAGCCCGUAUCGAACGGCGCCAGCUGGCACGCAACCGCAUCCAACGCCAAAAUCGCACCCGGGAACAGGUUCCUCGCCACGCAGCUCACGCCAGAAACACCUUCCUUCACCAGCCUAGCAAGCGCAACUUCUGCCACUAAACCUGCAUAACCAGGGGUUAUUGUUUACUCUGAGGGCGUUUGUAGUGAAAGUCAACUCCAAGAGUCACCUGUAAAAUCUCCGCCGUGUUUUUGGUUUAAUACAGCCAAUAUGUUUUUAUUUCACAUCAAUUAUUCCACUUGCUAUUUUAUGCCUGGUUAUGCUGUUGUCAAUCGAGCCCUCUGACUUAGCUCUUAGGAGAACUUUAGUAAUCGUUCUUUGCAGUAUCACAAAAAAAAAAUUAAAAACAAUAUAUAGAUAGUAUCAAAAAUGUCUAAAAAAGAAUAUCAAAGAUUAGAUCCGCUACUUUUUCCUUCUUGUUAUUCAGUUUUUUUCCUCACGGCAUGUUUCGUAUCCAUCUGAAUACUUCAGAGUUGGCAAUUUGGGAUUUGCAUUCAUAAAUGUGCUGAUUCUAUUAACAGCUUUUUGGUGGGGACAAUGCAACAUUGCGGCAGUCUUGCAUGGUGUCAUUUCUGUUUUCUCCUUUAAUUUGUCAGAAUAAAUGACAGAAGUGUAAACCGUGUGUGGGCCCAGUGAGAGACAUCCAUCAGUCAAACAGGACGAUUUAGUCUGUGAAAGUGGUUCCUCUCACUGGAAGAAGGGCGAGAGCAAGUAGAAGGGGGUGAGAGAAGAAGCAAAACAGACUAAAGAGUGACGUAGACAACAAGAUGAAUAAGAUAUAUAUGAAAGAUUUGGAUGCAAGUGUGAUGUAAAUUUAAGAGAAGCUUGUGAUUAUCAGAACCAAGUUGGUAUAUAGAUGAUUUUUUUUAGAUAUAAAUUUUGAGAAAAUGCGUAUUUAAAAAAAACCCAGUGAAGGAUUGCACAAUCUGUCAAAAAAAUGAGUUCAGUUUCUGGUCUCACGGCUUGUCUUAAGUUUACAAGGUUAGAAGAGAAAAAGUAGGUGUGGCACGGUACUGGUGGCAACUCUUUAUUUUGUUUUGUUCUAUGGUUUAAAUCCAUCCUGCUGUCCGUAAUGUUGCAUGGUUCCACUAACAAGAGCCUGUUUUUGAAGUUUUUUUUUUGUCCUUUUCAAUUAAAAAAAAAAAUCUGUGGGUGGUUCACAGCAUGAUGGUCAUUAAAUGGUGUGGACUGAAAAGUGAAGUGCCCGGCACACGUUUGCUGUGUUCGCCCACAGUGUGUCGUGUUCCUUAUUUUCCAAGAGUUAAAAAAAAAAAAUAUUUUUUUUUUGCAAGAUCCACUUUCAUCAAUGAUCUUUCUCUUGACGUGAGUUUUAGCAUCUAUUACAUCUGACAGUGUCCACCUUAAAAAUCUAGCGUACUGAUAUGUAUUCAAUGACAACAGUAAACAAUGGUGCUGAAAUGUAUACUAAUGUUUGUAAAUUAUUUGAGACAUGGAUGUAAGAUUGCACUGUCAUACCUGUGUGAGUUUAGCAGCGUGAUGUGUGGUUGUGUUCCAUUAUUUUGUGAUUUUUUUUUUUUGUUUUCUGUGUGUGAGAAAGUGUACCGACUUGUAAAAAUGCUAGAAAUACUCAAAAAAUAUGAUUAUUAAUAGUCAUUUUUUUCUUUUGUAAAUAUUACAGAACAAAUUAUAACCCCCUCUUUGAUGUCGGAGCCUCUCUGGGUUUUGGUCCUGCAGCGCUGCGUUUGGUCAGAUGAGAAUGCUGUUUAUGCGUGAUUAUUCUGAACGAAGGGGGCUUCUCAGUGGCCAAAAAAGGCUGUUGUUCUUAAAAUCCUUGUCUCCGGCGAAACAGUACGGCGCCAUAAUUUUAUUUUAUUUUUUAUUUUUGCUGCGCCUUGUGAGCAACACCGCCCCCUACAGGGACUAUUCAAUACAGCUCCAUUUAUGACGUGAUCUUUGUUCGAUACAAUGGCUCCUUAAAUGUACUAUUUGAAGGAAGCAUCGACAUUUUUAGGUUAUUGUUUUAAUUGACUUGCUUUAACUUUGCUACAACGUCAAAUAUAUUCGUAAAAUUUACCAAUAAAUGAAUUGAAUUUAGGUGGGAAAGCUUGUAGUUUAACAUAAAUUGCACUGCAGUUGCUGAACAAGUGACUCACGUAAUACAAUUUGCAAAUAUGUUGACUGUGUCUAAUCUCUAUCUUCGCUGACUUUCCCGAGGUAACAAUUUGGCUUCGGAAAACCUGUUUUGCUUCAACUUCCAGUUGAGCACCAACGUGUUUGCUUAUACAUUUGCAUCACCCUUCUCCUUUCAUUCACCCUCUACUGCAUCCUUGUCUGCUGUAGACCAACAUCCUUUAAAAUGACUCCAAAAAAAUGCUUUAAACUUCAUGCUUACUGUCACCUGACUACUUCUGAUGAAAUAUUCAAAACUAGCAGUGUGGUUGGACUUAAAAAGGUAAUCAUAUCGUCUCCGUCCUCCUGUUCGCGCUCAUGUUUGUUUUUGUUUGCAAACUGAUAUGUCAUGUUGAGGAAUGUGCUGUCAAUAUGCUGUCUUUGAUUGUUAAGGGUGAGGUUUUGGAAUGGAGAACAUCAAAUAGAAGGCUGAUGAAAUGCACACCUGAUUUUUUUUUUUUUCAGAAGAGAUAUGAGUUUUUGAAAUAUGAAAUAUAAAUAUAUAAUUGAAAAGGUUUCCCUUAUAAUGUUUUGACUUGCUGUUCACAAUUAGUAUGUUUAAAUUCAAGGCAAUGAAUGUCCGGGGAAUUUUACGCUGAAACAAUGGCAGCUUAAAAGCAACCGUGAGGUCUCACCUUCAUCUUAUCUGCGACGCCCCCAGCCCCCUCUGUCGGAACGAAAUAUAAAAAUGGUGUAUCUGAUCAAUGGUGAUUGUGCCUUUCACUUUCUCUGCAUGGUUUCUGUGAUGUACUGAUUUUUCCAUCCCCAGAGUGGACAGUGCUCCACCGUCAGGAAAACCUAUGCAAAAAAUAUUCAAAGGGUGGACUCCAUGAAGAAAACAGAUACCCUACAAAAAAACGGAAACAAAUAAACA